AUGGGCUCCUUCACUACAUUCCUGGUGCUGUGGGCAUUCACAGCCCAAGUCCUUGCCAAAGCCGUAAACACCAGCUCUUUCUUGGCAAUCCCCAACAAGCCAAGAGUCUUCAUUCUCUCCGACAUCUCGAACGAGCCUGAUGAUGCCGAGUCCCUGACCAGAUAUCUUCUUUAUGCAAACCAGUUCCACACCGAAGGUAUCGUGGCUACGACGUCUACAUGGCAGAGAGAUGAAGUUCACCCAGAGCAAAUGCUCGCAAUUAUCAAUGCAUAUGCAAAUGUGACCGAGAAUCUGAAUCGACAUGUAUCUCCUGACUCGCAAUACCCAUCAGGGAAGUAUUUGCGCAGUCUUCUGCGAACAGGUCCAGCUAGUUACGGUAUGACCGCCGUUGGCAAAAAUGUGACGCUUAGCAGUGGCGGCAAGCUACUGCUCAAGAGCCUUCAAGCAAAAUCCGACCAACCUCUCUGGGUGCUUGCCUGGGGAGGAACCAACGUACUUGCACAAGUUCUCUAUCACAUCCGGGACACAUUCUCGGCGACUGAGUUUACAGCCAUUCGAUCCCGACUCCGCGUCUACGCCGUUUCAGACCAAGAUGAUACUGGCGCCUGGAUCAGGCAGCAAUUCCCGGAUAUCUUCUACAUUUCCUCAACCCACGGCUGGAACCAGUAUGGUCUUGCAGCCUGGAUAGGUAUUUCUGGCGAGGAUUACUACGGUGUUGAUCAAGGCGGACCAGAUAACUCUACUGUUUCCCACGAAUGGUUGCGAAAGAAUAUUCAGGUCGGACCGUAUGGCAAAGAGGCAUAUCCCAACUUCAAAUUCAUCAUGGAAGGCGAUACCCCGACCUUCCUGUAUCUCAUCCAAAACGGGCUUGGGGUCUCCGAGCAGCCAGACUAUGGAUCGUGGGGUGGUCGGUACUCAAAGGUGGAACCGUCAACAGCACUGAACUUCAACCACUACAGUGAUGCCGCCGACCGUGUAGUUGGAAAGAACAAUCAAAUGUUUAAAUCGAGCCAAGCGACUAUCUGGCGGUGGAGAGAUGCCUACCAAAAUGAUUUCGCUGCGCGCAUGCAGUGGUCUCUCCCGGCGAAUCUGAGCAGACCGAAUCAUCAUCCUAUCAUCUCAGUCAACGGCAGUGCCGAGCUGUCCCCCCUGAGCAUCAGUGCUGCUGCUGGGUCAACUCUCACGUUUAAUGCCGCAGCCACGUCGGACCCUGAUGGUGACAGUUUGACUUUCAAUUGGUUCCAGUAUCAAGAGCCCGGGUCUAGUGACUGGAAUGUUGCAGGCCAGGUACCGCAGUUAAAUGUCAGCUCCUUGGACGGUGGCCGAAAAGCCCAGGUCCAGGUUCCUGCAGCUAGCGAGAGCUGUGACGCGGAAGCAUCCACUUCUUCAGGUUGCUGGUUACUCCAUGUUAUCCUUGAAGUCACGGAUGAUGGAUACCAUCCCCUCACAAGCUAUCGUCGGAUCUUGAUCCAGACAACAAAUACUACAGAGUCACUUUCUUGA